UGGGCUCCCAUUCGGGGUGGGUUAUGAAGGUCAUGAAAUGAGUGACGACUUUACGACGGCAACGAUUUAAUUUUUAUACGAGGAGCAUCCGGGGUUCUUUCUAGCAUAGCCGUUCUAAAAAGGGUGAAUGAGAAACAGCGGGGCUCAACCAACGUUGAGGAUUGAGGACAAAUAAAGUUUCCCGAUGCGGGCUGCAUGUCGCCACCGCAGCUGAUACAUAAUGAACAAGCCGUCCACGGCGGCCCAGAAUCCCUCCCCCAAGAAACGCGCAACGGCAUCCCCCUCCCUGCCCGCCGUAGCAUGGAAGACGAGCUACGCCCACUCCCCGCAGGCUGGGUGCGCGAGUUCGACCCUGACACCCAGCACCAAUUCUUCGUCGACACCAUGGCCUCCCCCCCACGCUCCAUCUGGCACCACCCCUACGACGACGACACCUACCUGGACUCCCUCCCCCCAGCGAGCGCGAGCAACGCAGCCGACAUCGCCGCCGAGGAAACCGACGGCGACUCCGACGCCUCCAGCACCAGCACCAAGCGCAGCCUAGGCCGCAAGCUCAAAGACCGGAUCACGGGCACCACCCACGAGCAGCGCGCGGCAGAGCGCAGCCGCCGCGCGGCGGCCGAGCACGAGCUGUACCGGCAGCACCGGCUGCUGCGGCGGGCGAUGCACGAGGCGAUGCGCACGGGCCGGCCGCAGCUGCUGGGGCGCGACGAGAACCGCGCGCACCUGUAUCUGGAGCCGCCGGGGCAUACCUUCCCCGGGGUGACGGGCGUGCGGAGGUUGAGUCCGUAUCUGAGUGAGGUUGUGUAUGACGGGGCGGAUGGGCGAAGGCCGGGGCCGGCGGGGAGGUAUUUGAGGCCUGAGGGGGACAUGUAUGGCAUGGGGUAUGGUGGGUAUGGGUGUGGAAGGUUUGCCGGGGGCAGGUGGGAUCGGCCUGGGGUGGAGUAUAGGAGGGUGCCGGGGAGGGGGUUUGGGGGUGGGUUUGGCACACCGUUGAUGAUGCCGCUGAUGGGGGGGAUGAUGAUGGGCGGGUUGAUGGGGGCUGCUUUUUGA